AACCAUUUCAGUAUAGAUGAGACACAAGAUAUGAGUCAUACUAGUCCAUAACUUAAUGUAUCAUAAAUCUUAACAUAUGGUGUGUUAACCCCGACUAUUUCCUGCCACUUUUCCCUUGAUUCUUCCCUCUUUUGUUGUACAAAUACACAUGAAUCUUAGUGUAUACAUCACAACACAAUACAUACUGACUUGAUCUUAAGCGUAUGACUGCCAUUCAUGUAUAGCAAUUAUAUACCUACUAUGAAUUUAAAUUUUAAUAUAUGUGCAUAAUUGUAUAUCUACUUUAAUAAUACGGUUAGACCACGAACCAACUACGAUAUCCUGUAUGAAUUUAAAUUUUCAGUGAUUGUUUAAAAUAACGUAAUAGUCUAUAUAUAUUAAAAAAAAAAAUUGUAUUAUUGUUAUGAUGAGUUACAGUUUUAUGAUGAUUCGUCAUACUAUUAUAUUGUAAUAUGUAAAAAAAAAAUUAAAUAUUAACGGCAUAAAAAUUCACAAUUAUACAAAAACAUAAAUUGUUGAUAUUAUAUCAAAUUAAAAUAUGGAUUUAGUUAGUGAUGGCCUUUUGUUAACUAAAAAUACAGUUAAUAAUUUGUUUGGACAAUGCGAACCUUGGCAAGUUGCUUCAAUUACAGCAUCAAGUGUAUUAUCAUCUAUAUGGAUAUGGAAUUUUGUAUUUCAAGAUGAAAGUUUAUACAACAGAUUAAAAAAAUUUACAUUUACUCAAAUUAAGAAAAUACCAAAAUUUAGAAAACUGGUUGAAGAAGAAACAAAAAAAAUUUCUGAUUUAUUUGAAAAUGAAGUAAAAGAAAAUACUAAAAGUGAAAAAUAUAUUGUUGAACUUCCAACCCAAGGUAUUCCACGAGAUGAAUUGAUCAAAACUGUAAAUAGAUAUUUAGAUCUUGGCAAAUACAAUUGGAAAGAGGGUUUUAUUUCUGGUGCUGUAUAUUAUUAUGAUGAAGAAUUGAUUAAAUUUCUUACUGAAGUAUAUGGUCUGGCUUCUUAUACCAAUCCUUUACAUUCAGAUAUAUUUCCUGGAAUUUGUAAAAUGGAAGCAGAAGUUGUACGUUUAGUUGCAAAACUAUUUCAUGGUGAUCAUAAUACUUGUGGAACAAUGACAAGUGGUGGAACUGAAUCAAUUAUUAUGGCAUGUAAAGCAUAUAGAGAUUUUGGAAGAAAUGAAUGUAAUAUUAAGAAGGGAGUUAUAAUAGUUCCACGAUCAGCUCAUCCUGCGUUUGAUAAAGCAGCUUCAUAUUUUGGUGUUAGAAUUGUACAUAUUGAUUUAAAUCCAGAUACAUAUAGUGUCGAUUUAAAAAAAAUGGAAAAUGCUAUCACUAAAAAUACAAUAUUGCUUGUUGGAUCAUUUCCCAAUUUUCCUUAUGGAACCUCAGAUGAUAUAGAAGCAAUAUCAGCUUUAGGCCUUAAGUAUAAUAUUCCAGUCCAUGUUGAUUGUUGUUUAGGUGGAUUUAUUGCAGCAUUUAUGCCUCAAGCUGGUUUUUUUUUACCUCAAUUUGAUUUUAUUUUGCCUGGUGUUACAAGUAUUUCUGCUGAUACUCAUAAGUAUGGAUAUACACCAAAAGGUUCAUCAGUUAUAUUGUAUUCUGACAAAAAAUUUAGACAUAAUCAAUAUUAUGUAUGCACUGAAUGGCCUGGUGGUCAUUAUGGUUCACCAACUGUAAGUGGAUCAAGAUCUGGUGGUAUAAUUGCUGCUUGUUGGGCUACAUUAAUGUAUUUUGGUAUGAAUGGUUACAUUAAUUCAACCAAAGCUAUUAUGGAAACUAAGAUAUUUAUUGAAGAACAAUUACGUAGUAUGGAAGGUAUUUUUAUUUUUGGAAAUCCUACUACGUCUGUAAUAGCAAUAGGGUCAAAUGUUUUUAAUAUUUAUCGAUUGUCUGAUGCCUUAAAUACUAAAGGCUGGAAUUUAAAUACUUUACAAUUCCCAAUUGGGAUUCAUAUAUGUAUUACACAUUUACAUACCAAGCCUGAUGUAGCUUCAUUAUUUGUGAAUGAUUUAAGACAAGAAUUAGACAAAAUUUUAAAAAAUCCAAAUGUUGAACUAACUGGAAAAAUGGCCAUGUAUGGAAUGUCUGCUACAUUGCCUGAUAGAACCAUAGUUGGUGAUAUCACAAGAUAUUUUAUUGACGCCAUGUAUUAUACUCCAACGUAA